AUGGAGGUGGACUCCCGACGACGCCCAGAGGCAGAAUAUCCCCGGAGACCUCCUCGCUGCAUCAAGAGAAACUAUGCCGUCCCAGAAGCCAAGUGGGCCAAUGGCGGCAAGAGCGUCCUCACAGUCUUUAACGGCGCUGCUCUCAUCAUCAACCACCUUCCUGGAAGCCCUCAUGAUAAGAAAAUCACGUUUGGCACCUGCAUCAACCGGGGCACGUUGGGCAACACUCAUAGCCUCGAGCUCGUGCCCGAUAACAAAAUAGCCAUAGCCACUGCCUCGGGUAUUUACACGGAAAACAUCCAAAUCUUUGACAUCGGCCGCGGCUUGCAGGCCAAUGCAAACCCGGUCGAGAAACUCGACUCUACACCCGCCGUCCACGGCCUCGUCUGGGACAAACAAGCCAAUCUCCUGUGGGCGGUAGGAAACAACCGCCCACCGGCUGGCAAGACGCCGUCCAGCAGCGCUCUAAACGCCUACGCAUACAAUGGAGGCAAGUUUACCCAAAAGCCUGUUCAUGAGUACAAGGUCGGCAAUCCUAUACUCCUCACGACGGAAUGGGCCAACUCGCAGUAUAGCGGCUGGUGGGACGGAGGGCACGACUUGAUCGGCGUGCCUAAUAAGCGCCAACUCCUUCUCUCUACUGAUACAGACCUGCACGUCUUUGAUAUCCCGUCGCAAAAGUUUCAGAGCGGCGAGGCCGUGGCGAAGGAGUUCCUGCCGGGCUUCCAGCCAGUCGAUAGACGUGUCGGGUCAGACGGCAAGUGGCUUCCUCGGUCCGAUGUCAAGUGCCUCAGCCUGGAUGGUCAGGGUAAUGCGCUUUAUAUCCAGGCGGGCUGGAGGGAUGUCACCUCGCAUCAAAUUAAUUUCCUGAAGCACGGGAAGCUCCAGUCGCCUCGGCGGUAUUCUGCAGCGGUGUAUAAGUCACGCUGGUUCCAGGGCACUCAGGGCUGGCCCACGGCAGGGAGCCACUAG